AUGGCGUUAGCAUUUGAUGUCAGUCGCCUGGGUGACUUGCGGUCUCCCCGCAAGCCCGAAGAUCCGCUCCUGGGGAGAACGGUGAGCAAACACCCAGGCGGCAUCUCGCGCAGCUCUGUUUCCACAUGCGACAUCAGCGGGAUCAACGCGUGCAAGCCGGAGAUUCAUUGGCUUGAGGAGCUUGAGGAUCCCCAGCCAUCCUUUGAUGCGGAGUUGUUCCCGGAGCCGUCAGAGGGCGACAGUGACAGUGACAGCACAGGGAGUUGGCUUUUGUCCUCAUGGACCGGGGGAGCACUCCACAUGCGAAGCCAGAAAUCAGACAAGUACCAGGAAGGAAGCGAUGUCUUCCUUGCGGAGGUGCGACGGCGGCGUGCACACUUUGAUGAGUCGACCGCGAGGAGUGCUCGACCAGCGCGGGUCCAGACCAGUUGGAGCAGUUGGGUCAACAAGGCAUUGAGUCAUUGA